AUGUCUUUGAAUUCUGGGGAUGAUAACUCGUCUGGCCAAACUCGCCCCGCCGCCGCGCCCGCGUGUGAGGCGUGUCGGAAAUUGAAAAUGAGAUGCAUCCGAGCACAAAAGGAGCAGCAAGGUGAUGCCUUGGCAGAACCGUGCGAACGAUGUAGGCAUAAUAACCGCGAGUGCAAUAUCCCAGAGCCGAGAAAGCUUGGGAGAAAACAUGGUGCUACAGGUCGUUAUCAAGGAAUUGAAAAAGCCUACCGGAAAAUGCAGUUAGAAUUGAAGAAGGCGAAAAAGUCUCAUGCUGGUGAGAGUGAUGAAAUGAGGAAUUUUGUCGCCGACAAAGACCCGAUGCUAGAGCUCUUAUUCUCCAAUCACCCAGAUGAGACAACCAACCCCGCCCAAACGUCACCAGAGCCAGGAACUGAAGGCUCUUUCGGCCCGUGCUAUGACUCGAUUGUGCCAACUGCACAAGAAGAUCAACCGUUAGCAAACCUUGGCUCUCCUAUAUUCCGCAGCGGUGAACUCUCCCACUCCAACCGCGAACCAAUCAGUAAUCCUUUGGCCUUACUGGCAGAUGCCUCCGAUGCCGCACAGGCGUUGGAAAUAAACUCAACAUCUGCCAACACUUCCCCGGAAGCAAAUGAAGCCUCUUCUGCGAGGCGAUCUUCAGCUAGCCUAUCAACUGGAGCGAGCCUGGGUCGUCAACUGCUGAAUCGGCCAGGUUAUGUCUCACUCGGCCUACAACUGAGCAGAGAUACGCUUGAAGCAGGAAUUGAUUCCCUGAAUGCUCCAUCUGAGCACCCAUACCGUUACUCGAAUUAUUUCAAAUCGUCUCCACAGGUGCCUUUACACGAUAUUGGCCCCGAUGUUGACCCGGUGGACCUCGGCCUGGUGACCAUGGAUGAGGCUUGUUAUUUGUUUCCAGUAUAUUUUGUCCGCUUGCAUCCAGUCAACGGAAUCCUAGACCCGAUGCUUCACACGCCGGAUUUCGUGCGUUCGCGAUCGGCUCUUUUAUUUACUUGGAUACUUGCUUUGACUGCACAAUUCGAACAUGGGUCAGCAUCAGUAGCCAAACGAUUGCGCCUUCAUGGCGAAAAGCUCUCGAAGCACGUUCAUACCUGUGGAUAUAAGUCCGUUGAAAUCGUUCAAGGCUACUAUAUCUCAUUACUAUCAGCCACUCCCGCAGAGACACUGGCACAGGAGCGCUCAUGGCUUUAUACAAUCUAUGCUUUUGGUGUAGCAGCGGAACUAGGUCUAGACCAAGAUUCCCGUGCCAAAGAUGCGACACCUCUGAACUCGACUAAUGCUUCCUAUUAUCAAACCCAGGAUGCAGCCCCAACACCAUUCCCAGGAAAUGCCUCGUCACGCCCAUUACUGGAGUAUCCCACAAAAGAAUUCAUCGAGAAUCAGCGCAUGGCGCGAAAUCGCGAGAGGACGUGGCUAAGAAUUCUACUAUGGGAACGGGCGAACAGUGCAGCCUGUGGUAAAAUACACACUUUCCCGGAAACAGACUUGACACAAAGAGUCGACACUUGGUGGCUCCACCAUCUGGCGGACCCAACAGACAAGCACACAUGUGCGUUUAUCACUCUGCGACGCAUUCUAGCAUCACUACAAAGUGAACUAAGACGUCGAGCUCAUUUCACAAAUGACGAUGCCCAUUGGGUACGGGAAAUGGUUGAUACAGCCCUGAGACCCUGGGGUAACAUCUGGCUACCAGAUCCAACACCCAAUUCAAUCAUAUCAGCCUCUGAAAAGCUGUCCAAUAUUUUCCUACAUUAUGUUUACCUCCACGGCAGGCUUUGGACCUUGUCAUUUGCUCUUCAUGGGUCCAUAAACGGGGACCAAAAUAUGGAUGCCAUCCGAGCGGAUUGCCUCCAGGCUGCAGUCAAUUGCUGCGAGCUCGCUGUGCGUGAUUUGGAUGAUAUCGGAGAGCCAUUGUAUUGCAUGUUAGCUCCAACAUGGGCGAUGAUAUCCUAUGCCGGCGUGUUAGCUUUGAAACUAUUCCCCGUCUUAUAUGGAUCGCGCGUCGGAAACGAUGUGGAACUUCUUGCUCUACUAAGCCAAGUUGCUAUUCAAUUAGAGCGUGCAGGCACGACCCCAUCGCAUCGAUUUGGAAUCGCUGCAUUGCUUGGACAGCACCUUAUGAUGAUCCUGAGAGCCAGAGCAGCGGGGUUGAAAGAAAUGAAAGACCCAAAUCAACUUGGCCAGACCAGAACUGAUGCUUCGUACAACAGUGCGGGCUCAGAUGACGGAGUGAGGCAAUUUAUGUCACAGCAGUCCCCCCAUUCGAAAUCAUAUCAGGCUCUCGUUUCGGAUUACGAUCCUUUCUUGACGACGGCUUCAAUGUCUACUCAGGGCGGUCUAACUGGCGAGGAAUUUGCUGACUUCUUUCGAGAAAUGUUUGGGCCUGGAUUUGGGGGCGUCUUUUGA